UGGGUGGCAAGACAGUGCUGUCAGAGCAGAACCAUAUGUCUGGGAAGCGUGUCUAAGGCACUUGUUAUGGGGAUGCCUCAGUGGUCAGGUUUGGGGCUGUUUCUCCGUGCCAGUGCAUUGUUGCUAGCUAUGCCCAGAGGUGCCAGGCCCCAGGGUGAGUUCUGCCACCACUGGAUGGACAGCACUCGGCUAUGGCAUGGAGGCUUCCAGUGUCCAGAGGGAUAUGAUAAGCCCACUGCUACUUUCUGCUGUGGGACCUGUUCUCUGCGCUACUGCUGUGCCAUCCCUGAGGCUCGGCUGGAUCAGGGCCAGUGUCCAGAGGAUGCGCCCUGGGACUCCACAGAGGCUGUGCUCCCACCUCCAGAAGGAUCCAUCUACCUGCCCUUAGUGAUCGUGGGUGGCACCUUUGUCACUUUCAUCCUCUUGGGAAUCCUCGCUGGUAUUGCUUGCUUCCGGUGCCUUCGGUCUCAGAGAAGGGAGGAACUCUGCGCUGCACCUCAGAGUCCUGAACCUACUGUGCAAAGCUCUAUUCCCAACUCCAGAAUAAACGCCUCAGAAGGCCCACUGCUUCACUCCAAACCUGACGGCCAGUAUUGAACGGAGAAUUUUAAAGACAGCUAGAGGUCAAUGAAGACUGAACCUGCACUUCACAAGAGAAAGUAAGAUUUCUAUAAAAGGACUGCCGGUUGUGACUUUUAAAGGCAAUGGAAAAGGAUUCAUUGUUCUUUCUUGAAGAACUGAAGGCUGCGAGUGCUAAUGGACAGUAUGACCUCUGAGAUAUAAUUAAUCCAGAAUACUUUGCAAGAGGUAAACAUGCAGAGUCUCUCCAGAGUCAUUGAAAUGGUUUAAUAUUCAAGUGUUUUUACAAUCGCUAAUGAAAAACUAUGGCACCAGAUAAUCAGGUGGGGGAGAACUAUUCUUAAUUCCCUCAUGAAUAGCUUCUUCUAGCCCUGGAACCCAUGAAACCUGAGUCUGAGACCUCAGGGACCCAGAGGUGAUCAUUAGUUUAGUAUAGAUCAGAUAUUUGAAAAGUCACUGCAGCAACUGAAUUUAAGUUAAAUAAAACCAACGUGCAUGCCAUUCACCUUCUUUCAUGUUGAUUUGUCUACCACCAGUGUGGUGAUUUUCUCAGUAACAUUCACAGAUUCUGAUUAUCAUUUUUCAGAGGUAGGCCUUGUAAGAAGCUUUCUGUGUGA